UUGAUCGCAGGUGUCGCUGCCCUGACUGGCGGUGUUGAGGCGUGUGCGCAUGCUCCGUGUGCAGGAUUGCGCUUUGGGCGGCGGAGACUGGUUGCCUCUGCUCUAGUUCUCGGUGAACCCCGGUUACGGUGGCAGCUGUUGGCGUGUCAGCCUGUUGUCAGCUUGAGGCGGAGCUGGGCCAGCGGGAGGUAGAAGGCCCGUAUUUCUCUACCUGAGCCACACGCUCCCCUCACUAAAAGGGCAGAGCUCAAGAGUUGGGUUGGAGGAAGAGAACCAGGAGGACAUAUAGUUUGACAUCUUGCACAGGAACAGAAGCUACAAUAUUUUAAAAUUAUCUAUUUGUGUCUGUGCCCAUCACAAAACAACUCAUUAUGGUUUGCUUUGAGGUCACAUUGAUAUGAAAUAUGGAGUCACCUUUAAUAACUUCACCUGGGAAAGAGAAAGACUUCUUUCUUAUUGAAGAAACGCGAGGAAAACAAAUGACCAAAUGAAUCGUACCAAAUGCUAACUCUACAUCUUUUUGCAUCAUCUGUUUUUAAAACCAUCAAGACAAAUGACUUGUGCUUUAAAGAAUAUGAUUUGUUCAUCGAUGUUACUUUAGCAGUUUUAAAAAAAUCUUUUUCACUUUAAACUGUACUCUUAUAAAAUUUAACACAGAGAUUUUUAAAUCUUUAAGGCCUUGUUUAAAAUAGCUUUCUUUUUUAGUUUUCAGAACUUCAAUGCUUAUGUAUCCUUUUUUUACUUGACAAAGUCCUCAAAACUACAACAUCAGGAAAGAUAUGGACUUGGAAACUUAUGUUAUGGUAAUAGACUGCAGCGAAUUUAAGUGGACCAUUCAAGAAACCAUCCAUUUUAUCAUCAGAAGUAUCACAUAAGUAUAUAAUUCUUAGCUUUAAUGCAAACAAAGUUGCUUGAAAAUGGCAUGGGUAAAAUUCUUACGGAAACCUGGUGGCAAUCUUGGAAAAACUUAUCAACCUGGGAGUAUGCUAUCCCUAGCCCCUACCAAAGGCUUGUUGAAUGAACCAGGACAAAACAGCUGCUUUCUUAAUAGUGCUGUACAGGUUUUAUGGCAAUUAGAUAUAUUCCGAAGAAGCUUGCGGGUUCUGAAUGGACAUGUUUGUCCGAGAGAUGCCUGCAUAUUUUGUGCAUUGAAGACAAUAUUUCAACAGUUUCAACACAGUCGAGAAAAAGCACUUCCUUCGGAUAACAUAAGACAUGCACUUGCAGAAAGUUUCAAAGAUGAGCAGCGAUUUCAGCUUGGCCUUAUGGAUGAUGCUGCAGAGUGCUUUGAAAAUAUAUUGGAGAGGAUUCAUUUUCACAUAGUGCCAAGCAGAGAUGCAGACAUGUGUACCUCUAAAUCUUGUAUCACUCACCAGAAGUUUGCUAUGACUCUGUAUGAACAGUGUGUGUGUCGUAGCUGUGGAGCAUCAUCAGAUCCUCUACCCUUCACAGAAUUUGUGCGGUACAUUUCUACAACAGCCCUAUGCAAUGAAGUUGAAAGAAUGAUGGAAAGGCAUGAACGCUCUAAGCCUGAAAUGUUUGCAGAAUUGCUGCAAGCAGCGAAUACAACUGAUGACUAUAGGAAAUGUCCUAGUAACUGUGGCCAAAAAAUAAAAAUUCGGCGUGUUUUAAUGAAUUGCCCAGAGAUUGUUACAAUUGGUUUAGUCUGGGACUCUGAGCAUUCUGACUUGACCGAAGAUGUUGUUCGGAAUCUCGCAACACAUCUUUAUCUUCCCGGGCUUUUUUAUAGGGUUACUGAUGAAAAUGCCAAAAAUAGUGAACUUCACCUUGUUGGCAUGAUUUGCUACACUAGCCGACAUUAUUGUGCCUUUGCUUUUCAUACCAAGAGUUCCAAAUGGGUAUUUUUUGACGAUGCAAAUGUGAAAGAGGUUGGAACUAGAUGGAAAGAUGUGGUCUCCAAGUGUAUCCGAUGCCACUUCCAACCACUGCUUUUGUUUUAUGCAAACCCAGAUGGCACAGCAGUUUCCACUGAAGAUGCGCUCAAGCAGAUCAUCAACUGGUCACAUCAUAAAUCCGUUGCAGAAAAUACAGGAUGUGAAAAGCCCUCAAUUCAUAAGUUGGAGAAUUCAAAAGAAAAUGGAUUUGGUGAUCAGACAAAACAGAGAGAAAAUCAAAAAUUUCAAGCAGAUAGUAUUUCAUCAUUUAAUCGGAGCCACAUUCAAACAAGUGGCAGUAGAGGAACAGUUAAGUCAAGUCACAAUGAUCAAAGGGAAAAAAUAAAAGACAUUUCCAGAGAAUGUGCUCUAAAAGCCAUUGAACAGAAAAACUUACUUUCCUCACAAAGGAAAGAUUUGGAAAGGGGACAAAGAAAAGAUUUGGGCAGACAUAGAGAUUUGGUUGAUGAAGACCUUCCACAUUUCAAGUCUGGAUCACCUCCUGCCCCAAAUGGCUUUAGACAAUAUGGGAAUCCACAUCUAUAUCCUAGUCAAGGAAAAGGACCGUGUAAGCAUGACCGAAUUGCCCAUCAGAGUCGAGCUUCUGCACAAACAUUAAGUUCAAGUAAAUCCCAGAUUCUUGCUUCAGGAGAGAAAAUAACUGGCAAAUUUAAGAGUGACAGUGGUACUGGAUAUGAUACAGACAGUAGCCAAGAUUCUAGGGAUAAAGGAAGCAGCUGUAAUGGCAGCACUAAAAGCCGAAACCGAGGUUGGAAACCUAUGAGAGAAACAUUAAAUGUCGACAGUAUUUUUAAUGAAAGUGAAAAAAGGCAACAUAGUCCAAGACAUAAAUCAAAUAUUAGUAACAAAUCUAAAUAUAGCAAAGAUCAGAGUUUUAACAGUUGUCCAAAAGAGAAUCCAAAGCAAAAAUGUUUAAUGACUAUAUAUGAAGAUGAAAUGAAGCAGGAAACAGGAAGCAGGAGUUCCCUUGAAUUUAAUGGAAAAGGAGCAGAGAAAAAUAAAGCCCUCAAAGAAACUAAAGUUCAUGGUGACAACUGGCAGAUGCAAAGGACAGAGUCUGGAUAUGAAAGCAGUGAUCAUAUCAGUAAUGGCUCUGCUAAUUUGGACUCACCUGUUAUUGAUGGAAAUGGUACAGUGAUGGAUAUCAGUGGUGUUAAAGAAACCGCAUCCUUCAGCAACCAGAUUAAGACAAGCAAUCUAAACAUAGAUCGUAUGAACUAUACCUCCCAACAGAGCAAAAACUGCUUGGAAGGCUUUAGAAAAGAACUCAAGAACCUGGAAGUAGCCUAUAAAUCUUAUGAGUCCCACCCAGAAUCACAUCUACAAAUAAAGAAUCCUUUGAUAAAAAGGUCACAUAUACAUGAAACCAAUGGAAACUUAUUCCCUUCAUCCAGUCCACAAAUACUCAAGGACCAUACAACAAGAGAGCAUACCCACCAGUCAGAUGAACAGAAACUUGAAAAAUCAAGUGAAUGCAAAUUUUCUGACUGGCUUAAUAUAGAAAAUUCUGAGAGAACAGGUUUGCUUUUUCACGUUGAUGAUAAUUCUGCUUCUGGAAAGAGAGUGAACAGUAACGGAACAGUCUCACCAUCUUCAUUGUGGUCUUCACACAUGAGAACUGUGGGGUUAAAGCCAGGAACUGCUCCCCUCAUCCAGCAGCAGAAUAUGAUGGAACAGUGUUACUCUGAGAACUCUCUAUCCAGGGAACAUCUCAUUCAGUCACCCUGCAGAUCUGAUGGUUGUCAGAUGCCAGAACUUGUUUGCCAGAAUACCCCACCCCCUCUGCCACCAAAGAAAUAUGCUAUAACCAGUGUGCCACCGUCAGGGAAAAAUGAUGCUCCACCUGCUGUCAAACCAGCAGAGAUGUUUAAAGCUAAUUCUUCUAGUCUUCCAAAGCACAGUUUAAGUACAGCUUCAGAACCAGGUUUAGAAGUGAGUACAUAUAUGAAUGAUGAAAGACUUAAGGAAACAUUUCAAGCAAAAGAGUACGUCGGCAACACAUCAAACACCCCGUCCAGCUCUUCAGCUAAUGAUUUUCAGGCAGAUUCGGGUACAGCUGUUGGUGCUUCUUGCCAGCCAGAAAUAGACUCUAGUUCUACCUGUCCCAGUGAGACAGUUUCAUUAACUACCUAUUUUUCAGUUGAUAAUUGCAUGACUGAUACAUAUAGAUUGAAAUACCAUCAGAGGCCCAAGCUCUGUUUUCCAGAGAGCAGUGGCUUUUGUAAUGAUAAUUCACUUUCUCAGAAUGAAAGAGGGCUAGGGCCUGUGUUACAUAGUAGUCUUGGUUCAAACUGCCCUUCCAAGCAAAGGUAUAAACCUGGUAUACAUUGUAAUAGAUAAAUGAUGAAACUGACAGGCUUUUACUUCUGAGGCCAUUAACUAGGAAUCAACUGACUGAACCUAGGGCUAUAUGAAAUUAAAACCAUGGCAAUUUUUAAGUCAUUAAUCACGUUAACUUUCUAUACAGAUAUUUUAUUUUGUGAAGAUCUACUUAUUGGAUAUUUUGGAAUUCCCUCUGAAUAGUCUUGGCAUGCCUCAAAAAAUAGAAAAUCCGGGGGUAUGCAGAAAGUCAUUUUUCAUAUGCUGCAGUUGAGUAAAAAUGUAAUUUGUCCCUUUAUUUUCUGACUGGUAGACCCAUAGGUAUUAAACUAACCAGUACUCAUAUGUAGAUUGGUAAACUGUGCUAACUGAAAGAUAGAUGAUAUGUAGCUUGUGUAGUCAAAGCAAUAUUUGCUUUGUGAGGAAGCACUUUCUAAUGGGGAGCCAAAAGAGGACUUCACCCAUUUGCUUUUGACUUCUGUGAUAGUCUACUACAUAUGAUCCCUUUAAGUGUCUUAAAAUAUAUCGACCCAUGAAAUUGAUAGCAUUUGGGGGAAAAAAGCCUUAAUGAUAAAGCAAUUUUUUAAUUAAAUUCUCAAGGUCAGAAGAGAAGACACUUAAUUUUGCUCCUAGAAUUUUUAUCUUCAGAAUAUCCAUUGUUGUAUGCAUUCAUAAACAUUACUUCAGUCAUGUAAGCUAAAAAUAGUUAAAAUACUUCAUUUAGUAUAUUUAUUUAUCUUGUUACAUUUUUUCUUACUUUAUAUGAAAUGUGAAAGGUUUUUACUUUGGUUUGGUUUACUUUGGGCUGCUAAUAACCAGUGUUAGGAAUUAACCUAUAGUCCUCUUUUUAAGACUAUCACUGUGACUGCCUAAAUUUUCCCUGCUAUAAUACUACCUGUUUGUAGGUUGUCAGCCCAUUUUAGUGAUUUUCAUAUUCUUGAAUUUGAAAAUCUUUCUGGGUUUCCAGAUUAAAUUUUUGCCUUUCAUAUAAAUUUUUAAUGAAAUGUAUUAAUUUGAGCAUCCCUCCCUUUUUUCUAAACAAAUAAUUUAAGUUUUACCCCACCUACUUUCAUGGAGAAGUCUUUCUUUAAAAAAGAAAAAAAAAAAAAGGAUUUUCCAUUAUUAUGAUGACCUUACAAGUGAAAAUAAGUACUUUAAUUGCCUUAUUUCAUAGUUGUCAUUUAAUUUUGUACUAAGCUGGUAAACUAAUUGUAGUUUAGAAUAGUUUUAUAUUGUCCACACUAGAGAAUUGAGAAUUUAGAUGAAUUUUAUAUAUAAAACAUAAUAAUUCCAUAAACUAAUUAGUAAAUGUAAUAUCUUGACCAAUCCCGUAAAUUGUUAAAAAGAUUCCAAAAUGUAAGUGAAUCUUAUUUUCUAGGUAAGUAGAAAAUAAUUGCUUGUAGAAGUCUAAGCUCACUGAGUUAUCAAAUCUUGGCCAAAUUUUGUCUUCCACCUAGAGAAGUUUUUAAUAGCCUUUUCUAGCUAUAACAGUAGGUGAUUAUUACUUUAUAUUCUCUUAAUUUAGAAAUACUUGAAUAUGAACUAAAUAAAAUUUUAUCUUUUAAGAAAGCUUUUUUUUUAACAUAGCUUUUAGUAUGGGGGGGUUGUAAAUAUUGUAAAAUUUGUAAAAUUGUAUUUGAAAUGUCACUGUAAUUACUGCUUUUAUAACAUUGUAAAACACUAGAAAAAUGAGCUUCAGGUAUUUUUAAUAGCUUUCAAAAACUUUGUGUAGUUUUUAUGUCCAGUUGAAAAUGUAUUAUUUGAAACAUUUAAACUGAUUUCUGAUACUUACAAACAAUCUCAUAGAUUUGUAUGGGAUUCAACUCACAAUUGAGUUGCAAAUGUCAAAUAGAAACGUCCAGUUUGGGCUCUUUCUAAAGUACUGUCCAGUUGAAACCUCCUGAAUCAUGUUAUAGUACUAACAGACUAGAAACUGACCAUUUGUUUUUGUUGAUUCAACACUCCAAAUAUAGAUUGCAUAUGUAUUUACUAAUCA